CAGUUGUCUAAUGCGCCUUCUUGCCGUAACAUAACCUAAUUCAGCAGCUUCAGCACCGUUCAGCACUGUUUGCAUAGCGUCCGAAUUCGGACCGUAUACAUAAAAUGCUGAGAGGACUUGUGUCAUUUGUUCGUGUAAAAGUGUGAUACUCACCUACUGUGCCUCUUCUUUUCUUAACCUCUCCCAAAAUUCUUAUACGUAAUAAGUUUAGUUUCUACAUCGGAUAUUACGUGUUGUUUAAUUAUUUAAGCACAUGAAUAACUUUACUUGUUUUUACACAAAACAACGGAAUAAAUUCAUUUGCUGUAUAAUUUGCAAAAGUUGUGCACGUACUCGUUUGUCUGUGUAAAAAGAUUAUGAGACUGCCAAUUGUAAGUGGUAUAGUUUGAGGAGUACAGUAAUUCUUUACUCUUUAGCUAUAAUGCUCUUGUAUAAAAUUUAUUGCAUUGUCUAUGAGCAGUACAUUAGAUUGAGUUUUGCUAACGACAUCGCUGACAACCAGGCACAGUUAACGCCUUAUCUGAAACCCACGAAAGUAGCUAUAUGCUGAACGCAGAUAAUUGACGUCCGUGAAAGAAUUUGUGUAUUGUAGGUUACUGUAUCAGAAUGCCGAAGGAAAACUCAUUGGAUUAUGAAAUUCAGCUUCCCUUUGGGCCACCUCCAGUGUUGCCAGAUGUUGAGAAGCAAUUGAAGGAAUACUUACUGUGCCCUGACCAUCUCCCAAUUCAUGAUUAUAAACAGGCUCAAAAGUAUUGGCCCAGAGAACCAAAUCCCAAGUCUCUUUAUCACUUUGAUGUUGCACCUUUGGGUACCACACUAAAGGUAGAUCGAGAUCCCACAACAGGGAAACUUCUCCGGUUUCGGGAAGUAGCUGUAGAUGAUAUUGGACACACAGCAAAGAACUCCAUGUCUUUGCUGCGAGCUCCUGGACUGGCAAGUGAAGCAGUAAGAGGCAGUUCUACCAACUAUCCAUUCUGGCCAGGAGGUUUUACUGAACUGUUACUACAGGAUGAAAAUGAAAAUGAAAAUGGAGAUGCUGAAAUAGAUUUUGUAAAUAUAACAGUACCACCUGGUUUUGAGAGAGGAAUUAAAUUAAAAGCAGAUGGAAAGACACCACUUGAAGAAAAGAAAGAACAGGAACCACUCAGUUCAGAUGCUGAAUCUUCAGCGCCAGAAGUAAUAUUGGAAGAGAAAGUGGAUUCAGCAGUUAUAAAUUUAAUGUCCUUAAUUAAGCAGGAAGAGGAUUUACUUGGACUGUGGCAGGAAGAAACAAAAGAAGAUGAAACGAAGCAGACAGGAAAAAUUUCGUUACAGAAUCUGGAAGUGGAUAUUGAUGCUGAUGUAGCAGAAGUAGUUCCUAAGGAAGAUAUUAUUCCUGUCCUAAAGAUCACAGAGUCAGCUCCCCUGAAGCGUCAGACACAAUUACAGUGGGCCGAAGAGUUGGAUAUAUCUUGUCCUGUCACAGAUUUUGAAAAGAAAGUACCCACUAUGGCAAAGACAUGGUCAUUUGAACUAGACACUUUUCAGAAAAAGGCGAUUUUAAAACUGGAAGAGCAUGCUAAUGUACUUGUAGCUGCUCAUACAUCUGCUGGUAAAACUGUGGUUGCAGAAUAUGCCAUUGCUCUUUCAAAAAGGCACAUGACAAGAUCCAUUUAUACAUCUCCAAUUAAGGCGCUCUCAAAUCAGAAAUACCGUGACUUCAGAGAAACUUUUGGAGAUGUGGGUCUCAUAACAGGGGAUUUCCAGGUCAACCAGACUGCUCAGUGUCUGAUAAUGACUACAGAAAUUCUCCGCUCCAUGCUUUACUGCGGUAGUGAAGUGAUUCGUGAUCUUGAGUAUGUUGUAUUUGAUGAGGUUCACUACCUCAAUGAUUCAGAGAGGGGUCAUGUAUGGGAAGAGGUGUUAAUUCUGCUCCCAGAUCAUGUAAGCAUUGUAAUGCUUAGUGCAACUAUCCCCAACACACUGGACUUUGCUAACUGGGUGGGUGCAACAAAGAAGAAAAAAGUGUAUGUUGUCAGUACAUUGAAACGACCUGUUCCAUUACAACACUACCUGUACACAGGUUCGAAGACUGGACUAUUUCUCAUAGUUGAGGAAGCAGGGAAAUUCAUAGAAAGUGGCUAUGAUCUUGCACAUACAGUAAAACAGACUCAGAAGAAACAAAAAGCAAAGUAUGGUUCUAAAGAAGGAAAGGCACAUUUAACUCCAAAACAAGAAGCAACAAUCUGGACUGUAUUUGUUGCUCAACUAAGGAAAGAAGAUAAGUUGCCUGCAGUAGCCUUCACUUUAUCAAGACAUCGCUGUGAUCAAAACGCAAGAAACUUGACCACUGUUGAUUUGACAACGGGAAGUGAGAAGAGUUUCAUACAUAGAUUCUUUAACAAAAGCAUACAAAACCUGAAAGAACCAGACAGAGCUCUCCCUCAGGUUGUGGCACUUCAAGACUUGCUAAUGCGAGGCAUAGGAGUACAUCAUAGUGGGAUCCUACCAAUUCUCAAGGAAAUAGUGGAGAUGUUAUUUCAGGAAGGAUUGGUUAAGCUCCUCUUUGCAACGGAAACAUUUGCCAUGGGGGUCAACAUGCCUGCCCGCACAGUUCUGUUUGAUUCCAUCAAGAAAUUUGAUGGAUGUGAUGUGAGAACAUUACUGCCUGCUGAGUACAUCCAGAUGGCUGGACGAGCAGGCAGAAGAGGACUUGACAAAACAGGAACUGUUAUCAUCAUGUGCAAGGUUGAUGUUCCAGGAAUGAAGGAGCUCGAGAAUAUGAUGCUUGGUAAACCAAUGAGUUUGGAAUCAAAAUUCCGACUUACAUACUCAAUGAUUUUGAACCUGUUUCGAGUGGAAAUGAUAUCGGUGGAGGGUAUGAUGUCACAUUCAUUCAAAGAGUUUAGACACUUAAGCCAGCAGAAGAAAUAUGAGAAGGAGCUGGAAACCGUAAAAGAAAAAAUGAAGGAAAUUUCUUCAAACACUCAACAGCAGGGACUCCACUGGAAGUCACUCUCAGACUUCUAUGACAUGGCAGCAGAAUACCUCCAGUUAUGGUCAGAGUUUAGAAAAGAAUUUUUGGCAGAACCCAAGUACGUGAAAGAACUGACACCAGGUAGGAUGCUGCUGAUUAGCCACAAGGAACACAUCAAUAAGCUUGGGAUCCUGCUGAGUUUGGAAACAAUCAAGAAAGAUAGAGCCUUCAGAGUACUGGUUCUGUGUAAUGAUGAGAAAACUAGAACAGUUGAUUAUGGUGAUGAGAUUCAACUCUCUGUUGCAUCAUCUGACAAAGAGAAGUCCGAAGAACAAUAUAAACCUGAUCCAUUAUGGUACAAGAUGCUUGGUCUGGCAAACAAAAAGAAAAUUUUUGUCCCAGAUGAAGUGGGUGGACAUACAAUUCUGACUGUGACAACCGAUGAUAUAAUAGACAUUGUGAAGAACAAAGUCAGUGUAGACACUAAUUUAGUGAUUCAGGACUGGGAGAAGAGGCAAAUAUCCAGGUUCAGAGAUGAUCCGCCUGGACAGACAUGCAGUCAAGCUGUCCAAAGGCUGACAGAGUUUACUAAGAAUGUGUCAUCAGGCACUGUGCCUCUGGAAUUUGUGGGCCCAGCCAAAGAUAUACAUUUGAAGAACUUUGACGUACUACAGAAACUGAAUGAUCUAGAGCAGAAGUUAAAUGAUUGCACGAGCAUGAAUAUUGCCAACUUUGAACAACUGUUUAAAGAAGUAUUCAGAUGUAAGCAACUGGAACAGAAGAGAGAAGAUUUGCUGUACAAGAAAUCACCCAGAAGCCUAUCACUGUAUCCAGAGUUUAAAGAAAGAGUAUGUGUGCUUCAAGAACUUGGGUACAUAGACAAAAAUAAUUCAGUCCAGCUGAAGGGACGGGUUGCUUGUGAAAUGGGGAAUCAUGAGCUGAUGAUCACUGAAAUGGUGCUGCAUUGCGUCUUGGCUGAUAAGCAACCAGCUGAGAUAGCUGCACUGCUGUCAUGUCUUGUCUUCCAGCAGAAAAGAAAAACUGAACCAGUUCUAACAGAGACACUUAAAAAGGGUGUACGACAGAUUGAAGAAAUAGCAAAAAAUGUGGAAUGUAUGGAGAGGAAGUAUGGCAUAGAGUCAGGACACGAUAAACUGAACUCUGGGCUCGUGGAGGUUGUGUAUGAAUGGGCUCAAGGAAAACCUUUUUGUGAGAUUAUGCAGUUAACUGAUGACGUCCAGGAAGGCAUCAUUGUGCGGUGUAUCCAGCAGUUAAAUGAAACAUUAUGUGAUGUGAAGAAUGCUGCCCACCGAAUUGGAGAUCCAGCACUUAAACAGAAGAUGCAGGAAGCAUCAGAUGCUAUCAAGAGAGACAUUGUAUUUGUUGCUAGUCUGUAUACAAGUGAAGACAAUCCUAAACCCAGUCUGUAGCAUAUAUUAUGAGAUUCUACAUGAAAGACUUUGCCUGAUUGGUGAUGAAUGAAACUAGCAGGAUUCAAGACAAUAUAUUUCACAGUCUUAUGGUGUGUGACUAGAGGCAGGGUUUGGAUUGAUAAUUGAAUUUAUUGAACACUUACAGAUCAUAACAAGUAACUAUAGCACUAUUGGUAAUUUGCACACUCUACAGUCUGCUCUCCCUUCACCAGUCAUUGCCUUGUGAUGGAUCCCAAUGAUGUCCUCUGCUUUUAUGCUCAAGUUCUGGUGACUGUCCCAAAACUAACUCAUUGCUCCAACUGUCGGCUCUCAACUAACCCAACUCCACUCCACUGAUUCCUUAUGUAGCCUCAUCGUGGACCACACAGAAAACACCGCUUCCAGCAGUUCUUCCAUUGUUGUCUACAUAUGUUGCUUUGGUACUGUUCUGUAUUUACGAAGCUGUUUCUCUGGUUCCUUAUUCUAGCUGUCAGCCCGCAUGUCACGAUAAUGACAGCAUACUGUUCAUAACUUUAAUAUUUACAGUACCAAUUUGAGAGUAAAGUAUACUGACUAAAGCUUAACGUGUAACUUAGAACCUGUGAAUCGAAGAAAUACAGUGAAACCCCUGUUUAAGAUUUCUUUGGGUACCACUGGUUUUUAACACUAAAUUGAGGUAAUUUUAACACGAGUAUGUUGACUUGCAAUCUCUGAAAUUAUAUGUUAAUUAAGAAAAAACCUAAAAUCAAAGAAUGUUAAAUGGAGCUUUCAUUGUACUCCCAUUCAGUGUUUCACUAAAAAUUAGCAUGAAAAUCCAUAUGUUUAAAUUCAAAAUGAACAAGAACUUUGUUAUUGAGGCCUGGUAAUGCGGUUCAUAAUAACGUUUGUGUUCUUUGUGCAGUUCAGUCUUCUGGACUGUUAAUGGUUUGUAGUUUGGAGACAGUCUGGUCUUUUUUUAGGGAACAUUGGGCUGUCCCCAGACUAUGCAGCAUUACAACCCAGAAGACCAUAUUCUGCAUAAGCAUUGCUGUGGGAACCUCGAAUCGAACAUUUGUGUUCUUUGCUUUAAAAAGCUUGUUUUAAUGUAAUUGAAAUCAUGUGCUACUUUGUUCAAAGGACAUAAUGAGGUUUUGAAGCAUAUGGAAAGGUAUGUGAUGUAAACCUAAUAGCAGACAAGCCAUACAUGGAAAAACAAUCAAGUUUUGUAAACAGUUUACACAUACCAUCACUUUCCAUAUACAAAUUAUGCAAUGGCAAAAGAAAUAUUAACUAGUCAAAGUGCACUGAAAGAGUAAGACUGUUCAGUAGUAAAGUUGCCGAAUUCCAUUCUGAAGUACAGAGUUUAAUUCUCACUAGAAAUCGGCUCUAGAAUUUUAGUUUUUCUCAGGCACAUGUAGUGACUGUCAGGUUAAGCAUUAUAAUAGGCUAUGGUGACAUCCAAAUUCUUUCCAGUGCUGGCCAAUCAAUCCUGUGCAGCAGAGUCCUUGGGAAGCUAAGAAAUACCCUGCCUCUUAUGGGACCUGGUUUAUUACCAUGUUCGUAAGAGCCUGCCCAAGUUUGAGGCCCUGUGUAACACUGUGGAAGGUGCUAGUUCUCAUAGUGAGGUCUAUCCCCUGCCUAACCUCUGGACUGGAGGACUACCCCUUACUGAGUGUUUGCAACUACUUAUUCGGUAUUUUUGCACCCUCCAUACCUGAAGGCCAUGCCAUGGUAACAGUUGCUCACCAUACAUAAUCGUCUGCUCAUGUUGUAUGCUAAAUAACCUGUGCAGUUAAUAUACUGUCAUUUAAAUAUGAAUUAAAAUAUGUAACUGAAAAUAAAGGUUGAUAUUUGCUUAUCUGUCAGUCACGGUAGCCAAGCUGUCUAAGGCACAUACUGUCUUCACUCACUCGGAAGCCAGGAUCACGGGUUUGAAU